UCACUGCUCUCCUUUCUUUCUAAAGCAUUCGAUAUUCGAAACUCAUUGCUAUUUUUCAUGGCGUCCACAAUGCUUAAAUUGCCAGAUCUAAAUAUGAAAUUUUCUACAUUUUCGGGUGAGUUUCCAACAAAAUUAUCAUCUUCAUUAUCAUCAAAAUUGUUACCAAUUAUGGCUUCUACUUCUGUGCAUGAACCACUUGUAAUAUCAAGAAAAAAUAUUACUACCACUAACAUUGGUCAUAAUAUUAUGACAACAACAUUUAGUCAUGAUAGUAACAUUAGUAGUAAUACUACUAAUAAUACAUUGGCUUCCAUGUGGAGAGAAAUUCAAGGGUCAAAAAAUUGGGAAAAUUUAGUGAAUCCAUUGGAUAAUCUUUUACAAAAUGAGAUUAUUAGGUAUGGGGAGUUUGUAGCUGCAUGUUACAAUGCUUUUGAUCUUGAUCCAAAUUCAAAAAGAUACUUGAAUUGCAAGUAUGGAAAAAAUAGUAUGUUGAAUGAAGUUGGCUUGGGAAACUCAGGCUAUAAUAUAACAAAGUACAUUUAUGCUACUACAGAUAUCAAUGUUUUAUCAAUUGGUCAAAAAUGCUCUAGUGGAAGAUGGAUUGGUUAUGUUGCAGUUUCAAAUAAUGAAGAAUCUAAGAGACUGGGUAGGAGAGAUGUGCUCAUCACGUUCCGUGGAACGGUCACUAAUCCUGAAUGGAUAGCGAAUUUGAUGAGCACAUUAACUCCUGCUCGUCUCGAUCCAAAUAAUCUCAGGCCUGAAGUUAAGGUUGAAGCAGGAUUUUUGAGUUUGUACACCUCGAACGAGGGUGAAAAGUUUGGUCUUGGAAGUUGUCGCGAACAAUUACUUUCUGAGAUACGGAGAGUAAUAAAUAUGUAUAAAGGUGAAGAAAUGAGCAUAACAAUUGCAGGACAUAGCAUGGGAAGUGCAUUAGCCCUUUUAUUAGCUUAUGAUAUCGCAGAGUUGGGAUUGAACACAACAACUGUGCCUGAAUCCCAAGUAAGUCAGAAUCGACUACAUGAAUCCUCACUGGCUGUAACGAAAAAUAACAUCAUACCGGUCACGAUUUUUUCCUUUGGAGGUCCUAGAGUUGGAAAUCUUGGCUUCAAAGACAGAUGUGAAGAGUUAGGUAUAAAAGUAUUGAGAAUAGUGAAUGUGAAUGAUCCCAUCACAAAACUUCCUGGGAUUUUUUUGAAUGAGAAUUUUAGGGUUUUAUUGGGUGGUAAAUAUGAGGUUCCUUGGAGUUGUUCAUGUUAUGCUCAUGUUGGAGUUGAAAUCUUGCUAGAUUUCUUUAACAUGCAAAACCCUACUUGUGUACAUGACUUAGGAACUUAUCUCAAUUUGCUCAGAAUUCCUAAGAGUAAUUUGCAAGUUCAAAGAGAAGAAGGCAAUGAUUUCUUCAAUAUAGCAAAGGAGUUUUUCCUUUGGGGGCUCAAUAUUUCAAUGCUUUACAAUGGAGAAAUAAUGUUGCCAUCCAUUUGGUGAAGUUAGUUGAAACUAGCAUAAAGGAUAUUAUAAAUAGCUUUAAUUAACAAUGUAACUGCACUUUUGGAAAUAUCAUAGGUUGUAGUUUGCAAAUAUAUGAGUAUAUAUUUUUGUACAAUUAUUAUAAUUGUAACUAGGGAGUAUUGCGAGGAAGGAUGACUUUUACAUUGUCCUUUUUUUGCA